UCUCUCGAGACUUUAACAGCGGAAGGGGAUUCUCAAAUGACAAGUCAUGUGAUCUGUUGCUGACAAAAAAACAACUGAAACCGACGGUCUUUCGGCAUUUGAAGACGCACACAUCUAUCGGGGAUCGAUCUGAUAGCUAACAUGCAGAACGCCAUUAAUUCCGUAAAAGGCACGGCCCUUGGUGUAGCCGAGUUUUUUACUCCAGUGCUGAAGGAAUCCAAAUUCAAGGAGACAGGAGUUAUCACUCCAGAAGAGUUUGUAGCUGCUGGAGAUCACCUUGUUCAUCACUGCCCCACAUGGAAAUGUAGUCCCAGAUGUCACAUCAUGUUUAUUCCAUCCAGGGUGUCUGGGGAAGAGGAGAAGGUGAAGCCGUAUUUACCCAAGGAUAAGCAGUUCCUAUUGACUCGCAAUGUUCCCUGCUACAAGCGCUGUAAACAGAUGGAGUAUUGUGAUGAACUGGAAGCCAUCAUAGAGGAGGAUGACGGAGAUGGAGGAUGGGUCGACACCUACCACAACUCAGGUAUAGGGGGAGUUACAGAAGCUGUACGAGAAAUCUCAUUGGACAACAAGGACAUGAACAUGAAUGUGAACUCUGGUGCUUGUGGGAACGGAGAUGAUGAUGAUGAUGAUGAAGACGAGGCAGCAGAUAUGGAAGAGUAUGAGGAGAGUGGACUACUGGAAACAGAUGAGGCCACCCUGGACACCAGUAAAAUGGUGGACUUGUCUAAAUCCAAAACGGGAGAAGCUGGGAGCGAUGACAUCCUGCAGACUCGAACCUAUGACCUCUACAUCACAUAUGACAAAUACUAUCAGACUCCUCGACUCUGGCUAUUUGGAUACGAUGAGGACAGACAGCCCCUGACAGUGGAUCAGAUGUAUGAGGACAUCAGCCAGGAUCAUGUGAAGAAAACCGUCACCAUCGAAAAUCACCCCCACCUACCACCCCCAGCCAUGUGCUCCGUGCAUCCCUGCAGACAUGCUGAAGUGAUGAAAAGGAUAAUCGAGACGGUGGCGGAAGGGGGAGGAGAGCUUGGAGUUCAUAUGUAUCUGUUGAUUUUCUUGAAGUUUGUCCAGGCCGUCAUCCCCACGAUAGAAUACGACUACACAAGGCACUUCAACAUGAAGCUCCAUCCUACAGAGGUGUAGGCUACUCUUGCAAACAUCUUUGAGUGUAGGAGGAAUCUGUCUUCUGGCUGGCAGCGUUAGUGGGGUAUGGAAUGUUAUCUCUGGGAAUGACUCUUGGAAUAUUCUGGGUACUCUGACCCUCUUUGCGUGGGAAUAGGUUCAAUCGCUGAGGGGUUGAUGGGUGUGUACAGAUGUUGGUAAUGAUGUAAUGGCUUUAUGUGGUGACUGAUCUCGCAGUGUUUUUGUCUGGAAGAUUCUCUCUGUACUUGGCAAAUGCCCAGCUCUGCCAUUAACAACCAUUCAAAGAUAACUAUAUUUAUUUUACAUUAAUUCACUGACAGACAGGCUUUCAAGUUUUCUCCAUUUUGUUUUCAUAACCACACCUUUUUUUACCAUAGUAAUGGUGCCACUAAUGUCCUCUCAAAUGCUUACCAAUUAAAUGUUGUUGAAAGAAAUCUAACAAAUGUUUUGUCCACAUUAUAGCUUUUUCAGUGUGAUGCACUGUGCUGGACUAAUGUUUGGACCUCUACUGUUUCAGACCAAUGCCAGUUUGUCUUAAUGGUAAAGUGUACAUGGUCUUUUGGGCCCAGGACCACUGUUGGUUCCUGUAAGUGGGGUCGGUGUCCUUUUUGGGGGUUUUCUUUGCCCUGCUCAGCUUUUUUUCCUGGUGUUUUUUUUUGACCCUGUUCCUAGUUCCACUGUCUUGUCCUGUAGAGAUGACGUCAUGAUUGUCAUAUGAAUAUGUGAGGGUUACCAUUUUGUGUGAUGACGCGCAAGGCUACCUGUAUCACCAGAUUAUUCAAAGACACGGUAUAUCAGGAGUUUGACUGCGUCUUCUCUAAUAUAGAAAGAUGUCAGUUCUGCACAGUGCAUUCAUUGUUAACUAUAGUACUCUUCUCUUAACAGUAUGUAUAACUCACUCAUUAAUGCUGAAAUAUUGUAAAAUGUCUGAGUAACUGACUCCAGAGUACUUGAUCUUUUCCUGAGAAUCAGCUGGACAGGUGUUGUGGCCCUUUAUCUGUUGAUCCUAUAGACUCUUUGUGUAACAGCUCAGUCUUAACACACUGAACAUGUUAAAGUAAUGUACAUUUAUAGCAAUAAAAAUCCCCAAUAUCAUUGA